GUACCCAAACUCGAGGCCUAAUCACCCAUCGAUCCCAUUGCACAUCCACCCCUUAAUAAUCACCCCAUUACAUCAUCUCCCAUCUCAUCUCCCUCCCCAGCCCGUAUAUAUCAACCCACUCUGGAGUCUGGCCACAUAACUCCACACAACCCAAGCCAAGAACCAAGCAGCAAUCCAUGGCGUCCAACGGAGCCGGCAAGAAGACGCCGCCGCCGGCUUCGGCUUCGUCUUCGUCCUCAACGCUGAGAAACUCCAUGACUCUCCAGUUCGCGCGGCAGGUGGUAACCGGCCGCUGGUUCAUGGUGUUCGCGUGCCUGCUGAUCCUCUCAGCCUCAGGCGCCACCUACAUCUUCGGCAUCUACUCCAAGGAGCUGAAGUCCACUUUGGGCUACGACCAGCGGACGCUCAACACGCUCUCCUUCUUCAAGGACCUGGGCGCCAACGUGGGCGUCCUCUCCGGGCUCAUCAACGAGGUCACCCCGCCAUGGGUCGUGCUCUCCAUGGGCGCCGCCAUGAACCUGGCGGGCUACCUCAUGAUCUACCUCGCCAUCGACGGCAAGACGCGCCGCCCGCCCGUGUGGCUCAUGUGCAUCUACAUCUGCGUCGGCGCCAACUCGCAGUCCUUCACCAACACGGGCGCGCUCGUCACCUGCGUCAAGAACUUCCCGGAGAGCCGCGGCGUCGUGCUGGGCUUGCUCAAGGGGUUCGUCGGGCUCAGCGGGGCGAUCUUCACGCAGCUGUAUAUCGCCAUCUAUGGCGAUGAUGCCAAGUCUCUGGUGCUGCUCGUGGCCUGGCUCCCCGCCGCGGUGUCCAUCGUGUUCGUCCACACCGUGCGCAUCAUGCCGUACCGUGUGCGCGGUGACCGCGGCGAGAACGCGAGCGGCAUCGGCACCGGCACUGACAGCGGCGGCAGCGACCCGUUCUUCUGCUUCCUCUACAUCUCCAUGGCGCUGGCGGCGUACCUGCUGGUGAUGAUCGUGGUGCAGAACCAGGUGGACUUCUCCCACGCCGCGUACUCUGUAUCGGCCGCCGCGCUGCUGCUCAUCCUCUUCCUGCCGCUCGCCGUCGUCAUCAAGCAGGAGUUCAGAGCCAAGCAGGAGCUCGAGGCCGCCCUCCUUCUUCCCCCAACCGUGACAGUCGACAAGCCAUCAUCUCCUUCUCCACCAGCCACCGCCGCCUUGCAAAUGGCAGAGCCCAAAACAGAGCUCUCAGCAUCACCACCACAAACAUCUUCUUCUUCUUCUUGCUCGGGCUCGUGCCUGAAGCACAUGUUCAACCCGCCAGCACAAGGGGAGGACUACACGAUCCUCCAGGCUCUAGUGAGCGUGGACAUGAUAGUCCUCUUCCUGGCAACAAUCUGCGGCGUGGGGGGAACGCUAACAGCCAUCGACAACAUGGGCCAGAUAGGCCAAUCUCUGGGCUACCCAGCCAAGAGCAUCAAGACCUUCAUCUCGCUCAUCAGCAUCUGGAACUACGCGGGGCGAGUAACAGCCGGGUUCUUCUCAGAGCACGUCCUGACGCGCUACAAGUUCCCUCGCCCAUUGAUGCUGACUCUAGUGCUCCUCCUGGCCUGCGUCGGCCACCUCCUGAUCGCCUUCGGUGUCCCGAGCUCUCUCUACGCGGCGUCAGUGAUCAUCGGGUUCUGCUUCGGGGCGCAGUGGCCGCUCCUCUUCGCCAUCAUCUCCGAGGUCUUCGGGCUCAAGUACUACUCCACGCUCUACAACUUCGGCUCCGUCGCCAGCCCCGUCGGCGCAUACGUGCUCAACGUGCGCGUCGCGGGCUACUUUUACGAUGUCGAGGCGGCGAAACAGCAUGGGGGGAAGCUUGAUGGGGCCGGCGAUAAGACGUGCAUCGGGGUGCAGUGCUUCAAGAUGAGCUUCCUGAUCAUCACCGCCGCCACGGUCGCCGGAGCUCUUGUGUCGUUGUUGCUUGUUUGGAGGACCAGGAAGUUCUACCGGAGCGACAUCUAUGCUAAGUUCAGGGAUGGUGGUGCCGAUGCCGGUGAACGGCCGGUGGUGGCGGAGCAGCGGCCGACGAAAGAGUUGACCGAGUCAAACUCAGUCAACGGGAGGAAGGAGUAGGGUCUUUGGUUGACUUGGUCAAAUAUAAGUGCCACUGGAUGGCGUUAUACCGAUGCAGCUACAGGUUAACUCCUGCAGGCGCUAAAUUGACCAGCCUCAUAGCAGUGGAGUACUUUACUCACUGUCAGCCAGUAGUAGUAGCAGCCUGUUACGAAACACAACACAACUGGUGCUUCUUCUUACAGUUGUGUGUACUUAUCAAUGUAUGGAUAGCUGUUGGUAGCAUGUUUUACAAGGAAAGCGACUGGAUUAAGUAACAGUCGACCAGAGGUACGUUCAGGGCACGGAGUAUAGCCACAUUGAGAGUGAUGUUUACUUAUUUCGACAUGAAACUUGCCCAUCAGUGCAUCACUUGCACUGACCAUCUUUAGUUGCUUA